AGCUUGGCAGGGAGGGCGGUGCCGGCAGCCCCCACGUGUGCUGUGCCGCCGGCGCGUCGGUCCGGCCUAAGAGACACGCUUUGCAGCCAGCUGCAUCUUUCUUUCCUUUUUUUUCUGACUUUAAAAUUACAGCCUACGCUUCCAAUUCAUUUAUCAACAUACAGUUCUGCAGCUGCUGCCCAACAGGUCUGGAUUUCCUUACUGCUUUGUCUUGAAGACAGAACUAUGCCAAAGAAAGCGAAGCCUGCAGGGAAUGGAAGGGAAGAGGGGCCUGUUCCCUGUAAGCGGGGGAAGGUGAAGGCCGCUGGAGGGUCUUCCACUUUAAACUUUGACAGCCCCGGUGGUCUCUUUGAAAGUUUAAUCUCACCUAUCAAGACAGAGACGUUCUUCAAGGAAUUCUGGGAGCAGAAGCCCCUUCUCAUUCAGAGAGAUGACCCUGCACUGGCCACAUAUUACCAGUCCCUAUUCCGGCUAACAGAUCUGAAGAGUCUAUGCAGCCGGGGUAUAUACUAUGGAAGAGACGUGAAUGUCUGCCGUUGUGUCAAUGGGAAGAAGAAAGUUUUAAAUAAAGAUGGCAAAGCACACUUUCUUCAGCUGAGAAAGGAUUUUGAUCAGAAAAGGGCAACGAUUCAGUUUCACCAACCUCAGAGAUUUAAGGAUGAGCUUUGGAGGAUCCAGGAGAAGCUGGAAUGUUACUUUGGCUCCUUGGUUGGCUCCAAUGUGUACCUAACCCCUGCUGGGUCUCAGGGCCUCCCGCCUCAUUAUGAUGACGUCGAGGUUUUCAUCCUGCAGCUGGAGGGAGAGAAACACUGGCGCCUGUACCAUCCCACUGUGCCCCUGGCACGGGAGUACAGCGUGGAACCUGAGGACAGGAUCGGCAGGCCGACGUAUGAGUUUACACUGAAGCCAGGUGACCUGCUGUACUUUCCCAGAGGGACCAUUCAUCAAGCGGACACUCCUCCAGGACUGGCCCACUCUACUCACGUGACCAUCAGCACCUACCAGAACAAUUCAUGGGGAGAUUUCCUUUUGGAUACCAUCUCGGGGCUUGUGUUUGAUACUGCAAAGGAAGAUGUGGCGUUGCGGGCUGGCAUACCCCGACAGCUGCUCCUGCAGGUGGAAACCACAGCUGUUGCAAGGCGACAAUUAAGUGGCUUUCUGAGGACACUUGCAGACCGGCUAGAGGGCACCAAAGAACUGCUUUCAUCAGACAUGAAGAAGGAUUUUGUUAUGCACAGACUGCCCCCUUACUAUGCAGGAGAUGGAACAGAGCUGUCAACACCAGGUGGGAAGUUACCGAGGUUGGAUAGUAUAGUAAGACUUCAGUUGAAAGAUCACAUUGUCCUCACAGUAGGGCCGGAUCAGGAUCCAUCUGACAAAGCUCAAGAAAAGAUGGUUUACAUCUAUCAUUCUUUAAAGAAUAGGAGAGAGACCCACAUGAUGGGAAAUGAGGAGGAAACAGAGUCUCAUGGACUUCGCUUUCCUUUAUCACAUUUGGAUGCACUGAAGCAAAUUUGGAGCAGUUCAGCUAUUUCUGUCAAGGACCUGAAACUUACUACAGAUGAGGAAAAGGAAAGCCUGGUGUUAUCCCUCUGGGCAGAAUGUUUAGUCCAAGUCGUCUAGUGUCUUUGCAGAAGCAAACAUGUACUAUUUUAUAUACACAUGGUAGAAAAGUGAAGAGUCAGACUGGGUGGGGGAAUGGCUACACUCAGGAGCCAAGAGAAGAUGAAUGCAAGUCUCCUUACAGGGCGUCUCUGGGCCCAUGCACAAGGCCACAGGGAAGAAGUGUCCCACAAAGUGAUAAAACUACACUUUUGACAAAUUUAUUUAAUCCAGUGUGGUAAAAAAAAAAGGCACAACUUCAAUAAAUGUAUCAUUUAGAAAUAAAUGUCAUUAACCUGGCUUUAUCUUUGUUCUUUGGAAGAAACAACUUCUUUAAAGAGCUUCCUUAGCUCUAAAAAAAUUUUAAACAACAGAAGAAAAAAUUUUAA